UGCCUGGUAAAGAGAGGCCUCGAGAACUUUCUGCCCGCUGCGCCUGGGGGCUUCUGGGAGCGCCCGGAAGUGCACGUGGCCUUAGCACCGCGUGCUUGGGAGGCUCCGCCGCACAGUUCCCGGCUGUGCCGCUGACGAGAGUUCUUCAGAGCUUUCGGAGUGAGCUUGUGGAGUUGUUCACGGAGUGAGACAAAGUUCUCAGCAAUGGCGAUGCCACUGACAAUGCUGGGUGACUGGUGCAGGUGGAUGGGCGUGAACGCGCAGCGUUCCCUGCUCAUCCUGGGCAUCCCUGACGACUGUGGAGACGAGGAAUUCCAGAAGGCCGUGCGCACUGCCCUAUGGCCCCUGGGCAGGUACCGAGUGCUGGGCAAAGUGUUCAGAAAGGAGCUCGGAUGCAGGGUCGCCUUGGUCGAGUUUGCUCAGUAUUUAAACCGAAGUUUGAUUCCCCGACAAAUACCAGGCAAGGGAGGACCCUGGCCUGUGGUCUUUCUGCCCCAGGCCCCCGACUCAGAGUCACAGGAUAGACCAGAUUUCCCUGCACAGCCCCAGAGGCAUGAAGGGGUUGGCCAGGCAGGUGUGGCAGGAGCUGCAGGUGUGGCAGGAGCUGCAGGAGUUUCGGAUGAGGAGGGAGCUGCAGGUGAGGAAGGAGCAGAAGAUGAAGGAGUUUCAGAUGAGGAGGGAGCUGCAGGUGUGGCAGGAGCUGCAGGUGAGGCAGGAGCUGCGGGUGUGGCAAGAGCUGGAGAUGAAGGGGGAGUGUCAGAUGAGGAGGGAGCUUCAGGUGACACAGGAAUUGCAGGUGUGGUAGGAUCUGUGAGUGUGGCAGGAGCUGCAGGUGAGGCGGGCACUGCAGGCGAGGAAGGAGCUGUGGGUGUGUCAGGAGCCAUAGAUGAGGGAGGAUCCUGGACCCAGCAAUGGAAUCAGGCCCAGCAACCUGUGCCUGAAAAUAUGGCCUAUCGGGCAUUGAGAACCUUUUCUGGGAUGGAAGAGCCAGACCAAGAGGAAGAGUCCUUUGAGAGCUGGCUGCACCAUGCCAACGACAUGCUGUACAUGUGGCGCCACGUGUCAGAAAGGGAGAGGAGGCGGCGGCUGGUGGAGAGCUUGGGUGGCCCCGCACUGGAUCUCAUGUGCAGCCUCCUGGCAGAAAAUCCCGACAUGCCUGUGCAGGAUUGCCUGGCCGCGCUGGUACAGGUGUUUGGGGACAAGGACACCUGCGUGACUGCACGGCUCAAGUUCCUGACUUGUGCCCAGCGGCCCCAGGAGACUCUCUUUGCCUAUGUGAUGCGCCUGGAAGCCCUGCUGCAGUCGGCCGUGGAGAAGGGGGCCUUCCGUCCUGUCAUCGCAGACCAGGUUCGCGCCAGGCAGGUGCUGAUGCAGGCCCGCCUGAACGAGAUGCUCCAGAACAAGCUGAGGAGGAUGCGGCUGGAGAGGAGACCACCUGGCUUCAUGGGGAUGCUGCGGCUCAUUCGGGAGACCGAGGCAUGGGAGGUCGCCCUAGCUGGGGGUGAGCAAUUCCAAGCGGAAGGGGCCUGUGUGGACAUGGGAGGGCUGCCGGCCGCCCAGGCUGCCCCCGCCAGUGAAGAGGCCAGUGAGGCAGAUCCUGGCACUGCCGAAGCUCGUAGGGCUGCUCCUGAACCCUAUGAUGCUGCCAGGGCUGCCCCUGCCCCUCAGGAGAUCUCCAAGUUCUUCCCUGCCACUCAGGAAGAUGAAAAUGCUCCGUCCUCUGUGGGCCUAGGUCAGGCAAGACCCUCAGCGGCCCCUGGGGGCCCCACUCCUGCCCAGAUGGGCAGUGCUUCCAGGGCGGGCCCAAGAGGUCCUGGCUGUGAGCCAGAGGGCCUCGCCCAGGCAGGAGACCAGGAGGCUGGGGAGCCCCCCAAGGAGGGGCUCGAGCCCAUCCCAGAAGAGUCGGAAAACGAGGAUGGCGCUGGGGAGAUGAGCCCCCCCAAGUUGUCCUCAGGCAAAUAGGCUCAGAAGGCCCAGGGACCCCCUCUCCUCUCAGGCAGCAGAGUUCUGGAGGCAGAGGGAGGCCAUGCCAGGGCAACAGCCUCGCUUCACAUGGGGAGCAGGGACGAGGGAACAACCCACUCAGCCCAAACAAAUUCCCAGGACCCCACCUCCUCAAGGCACCCUAGCCAGCACCAUUAGCCCUUCCAAAUAACCAAGAUGGCCAUGCCUGACACCAAAUGGGGCAGGGAGAGCUGCCUCCCCACCCAGGGCAGCUCCACACCCAGCCCCAGCCCCAUUCCAUGCCAACUCAGGCAGCCAAGUCCCUGGGCACUCCACCACCCCUAAGGGGAGCUGCCUCCCCCACCAUACCCGGCCCCAGCCCCAGCCCCAAUCCCAGUCCAUGCCAACUCAGCAGCCAAGCCCCCAGGCACUCCACUACUUCUAAGGGGAUCUGAACACCACCAUCAGCCCUUCCAAGUGACCAAGAUGACCAUACUUGACACCAAGUGGGGCAGGGAGAGGUGCCCUCCACCCAUGGCAGCACCACACCCAGCCCCAGCCCCAAUCCAUGCCAACUCAGGCAGCCAGUCUGGGAAACAUCCCUGAGUGGCUGGCCCUAGCCUAGGGGAGGGGCACCUGAAGCCGUCUGCCACCCACACUGUACUGGGAGAUGUUAGGGGCCAUUUCAGAGGUGCCAGCCUCUUGGGUCUCCCGAGAGGGAGACACUCAUUUACUUCCCCUGGGGCACGUUGCUCCAUGUUCUGGGAAGCCCGCUUGGGUCUCUGUGGGGCCCUUAGUGACCCACGUGUCAAGUUACUCCCCCACCCCACUAGCGACCAUUCCUGUGCAGAGCCUUGAGGUGUGCAGGAACCCGCCGUGGGUGGUGUCCUGGCCUACCGGGGCCGCCACCUCUCAGCCCGGGUGCGUGCCAUGAGCUUCAGCGGGAAGCAAGGCUCUGCUCGCUCUCUUCCAGUGUUGUGAGCUCAACCUCUGCUUUCUCGGGGUACAUUUAGGCCAACCGCUGCUUGUUCUUGCGGAGACGUGUGUGUUUUCUUAUCUGAGCAGCUGCCCUCCCCGCCCCCCCGCCCCCCGGAAAUCCCGAGCCCAGUUCCGGGAGACGGCGGGAAGGAUGCCCGAGGGCACGGCUGGUGUUCACCCCGUGACCUCAGGGAGGAAGAACCGGACCAAGGAUGGAGGUGGCCAGCGGGAGUCUCCACGGGAACUGUGCUCUGAUGUGCCACCCUGUUGUUCCUCGCGACUCCGUUUCCUUGGCUUGGCCCAGGGUCCCAUGCUGCGUUUUCCAGCGUCCUGGGACUGUCCUGUGCAGGCCAUAGGGCAGGACCAGGCCCCGGCAUGUCGGCCAGAGGGGAGGGUGCCCUGGAGUGAGGGGACAUGACCAGCGUCCACCGUCCUGGCCAGAGGUUGAUCGUGGGGCCCUCAGGAAGGGAGGCUGAGGCAGGAGGGCCACGGUGUCGGGGGAAGCAGAGGCACCUCGUUUGGGACCCCAAGGGGAGGGGGGCCGUGACCUAUGGUCUCUAGUGGCCGUUGGACGUUCCUGUCUCUGUUGUCAUUCCCUCUCUCCGAUGGUUUCAGUAAAUGUUUCUCUUCAAUAAAUUUCAUUGCAUGUUUCA